UAAAAUAUUUUAAGUAAUGUAAAUUUUCAUGUAUAAAUUAUACCUAUAUAAAAUAUCUUGUGAAUAUUCCCAAAUUCUGUUUUGUAUAUUACAAGAAUAUUUCAAAGAAUAUUCUGUGGCUCUAUUCAGCAUGUUAUAAGUAGUUCCAUUUUAUUAUUCUCUGCACAUUUAUUUAAUGUGCUUUUCAUCAUAUCAGUACAUUCUCAGAAUAUUCUAAUAUUCUCAAUAAAUAUUUAUAGAAUCUUCACAGAAUAGGUUUGUGCUAUCUGGGAUAUUUUGCAUGUACAUAAUUGUGUGUGUAUAAUACAUCAUAACAUAACAGUCGCUAUCAUGUUUCUCUGAUUCCCAUAAUGUAGAUACACCAAAACAAGAAUAUCGAUACAUCUCACAUUGUUUUUUUCAUUUUCCCAAAACUUACCAUGACACUCAAUGGGAUUUCAUCCUUCGACUGGUUUAAAACAAAUCAACUACGAACUUCACAUACGAUGUCGACGAGUAUCGACUAUGAGCGAAAGCAAAAGAAAGAAAUUUUAAACUUCUUGGAAGGAAUAAUCGACCAAUAUUAUCGUGAGUUAUUACUCUGUGAAUUUCACCUUAAAGCCCUGUUUUUCGAGUUGCUGCUACAAGUGGAUGAUUUACGACCCUCUUUUGUUUCUUCCCCGGCACAGCCAUGAAACGUCAACUCGUGCGAUGAUGAUUGGUAGAUACACAUCCUUAGUACGUACGUAGAGUCGGGCUCGUCAAAAUGCAAUAAAAUUCGUAACUACAGACGCCAUCAAACAAGGACAUUCUUGUGCCGCGAUUAACCCAUGCCUGGUCUUUUUAUCUAGGUUUCACGUGCGCGCGAUUUCUAUCUAUGUUACACACGCAUACACAACACAUAUACCAUUCCGCAUUCUUCUUUUUAACUAUGUAUAUAUCGUGGUACCGAUCUGUCCAUAUAAAACUCAUGCUUUGCUUCCUCACGUUUAUUGUUCAUAAAGCGAAGCAAGCAAAACUACGGAAAUAGUGUGGAUCAAUCGAUUUAAAUUUUGCAAGAGUAUUACUCUUUCUCAGUCCUUCGUAAUUAGCAAUGUUAUUUUCUUUAUUGAUGUCAACAUUGAUGUUAAUGGUGGCAGGAGGUACGGGCUUGCAACACAAGUUCGCCAUAAGAAGCUACGCGUUCAACUCACACGAGAAUGAGAAUUUAAGGAUUAUAUUGAAUUACAUCCGAGACAAGCAAGAAUUGUCUCCAUCCAUAGUUUCGCUCGUCUUUUCUGACGUUCGCUCCAACUUUGUGGAUCUUGUAUCCAACUAUGUAGGGAGCGAACCAAUUAUCAGCUAUAAAAUCACGACGGAUGAUCUCUCGCAGAACGAUACGUGGCAGAAUCGCAUUGAUCUCACGUGGAUCUUCAUCCUUGAUAAUAUUAACAUUUUAAAUACCUUUGUACAUAAACAGAAUCACAUUUGGAAAACUACCAAUCAAUACCUGAUAAUCAACAUUGCACCAAGCAUUGCGACAUUGUCGCAGGAUAUUUUUCAAAUUAUUUGGAAGAACUAUAACGUCUACAAAAUCGUUGCUAUCUCGAUUCAGGACGAUUUCCAGUGUCUAAGCAGAUAUCUGCCAUUUGAGAAAAAUCAAUGGGAUGAAUACGGCGUCGUGCGUCAGAUUUGCUUGAUGGAACGCGAAAAUAACGUUGAGCUUUAUGCAAAUUUCGAAAAUCUGAACGGAUAUCCUAUACGCGUGGUCGUAUUUCCGUCCCUGAUGAUGAACGUCACGCAUGACGAAGGUAUGAACAAAUCGAAAUUCAGCAAACUGGACGCAGAUGCGAUGUUACUGUUGGAAAAAGCGAUGCAGGCCAAGUUUCUCGUCAAUGUGUUAUUUCCGCAACCUCAUGAAGACCCCUUUCAUCGUACUCUUCAAUACAUCGAAAAUGGCAAGUCGGAAGUGAUCAUUACCAGCUUUUUCAUUUAUCGAUACGAGGAGUUUCAAAACUAUGAGUUCACAGCUAGCAUUUACGAAGAUAAGCUAUGUCUGAUCGCACCCACAAGUGGUUUCGUUCCAAAAUCGUAUAUGCCAAUAAUGCCGUUCACACCAGAUUUAUGGGUGCUCCUAGCGAUAUACAACGUGAUUGCAUCUGUCUUGUGGUUCCUCAUCAAAUAUUAUAGCGAAUUGUUUCGUCGGCAGGAAGCGGUACUUCUUCCCUUGACUAGGACAACCGAGAGAUUCGUCUUUUCAAUUCGACAGUCAGAUCUAUCGCCGAGAAUACAUCCCUACGUCUCAUCGUGCUUCUACCUCGUCGAAACACUGUGUUAUCCAUUGAAAGAGAACAACAGUAGCACCAGUAGCACGAUUUCUCAAAGGGCCUUUUUGUUUGGUACUCUCUUCUUCGGCCUCAUUGUCAUCGGCCUCUAUCAAAGCUGCCUCGUCUCCAGUUUGAGCCACCCAUUUCAUUAUCCCGAGCUGAACACUCUGGAAGACAUCGCUGAUUCGAACUUUACCAUAAUUACCAAAUACCACAACUUGAAGCAGAAUAUAUUUGUGGAAAAUACGACCCUAGUGAAUAAGUUGCGAAAUAAGAUCAAGGUGAUCGUUAGCGACAAACCAACCAACCACAUAGUAGCCUUCACUAAAAAAGUAAUCGCCAUUGGUCGGUACAAAUCCUUCAAACUGGAUGAUCUAUCCGAUUACUACGACGUAGACGGCAACGAAGUACUUCACAUAGUGGAGGAGUGCCCGUACACUCUUUUGUUGUCCUACAUAGUGAAGCUAUAUUCGCCGUACCGGGAGAGAAUCAAUGAAUUACUAUUGCGAAUGCGAGAAGCGGGUCUUGUUAAUUUAUGGUACGAAAACAUGGCAUAUCCGGUAUACGAAGCUGAGCAGAAAAGAAAGAUGGCCAUGAGUGAAAGAAGGAUCAAGCUGACUAUGGAACAUUAUUCUCUCACGUUUGUCGGGCUUUUGUUCGGAUUGCUUUUUUGCAUCUUUGUGUUUCUCGCGGAGUUGUAUUUCGCUAAGAGAUCUCAGUCGCUGAUAAAAUAGUAGAUUUUUCAACGAUUAAAAAAUGUGCACUUUUGCGUUAGUCUUGGGUCACAAUACUAAAUUCAUGAUCGUUCUGCUUUCGACAAAGAGAGAGAACAUUUAUCUUCAUAAA